AUGUGUAAAGGAAGCACAACUCAUCGCCAGGGAGAGAACUGCUCCGUCUUCUCCCAGAGUGUCUCUUGUGAGCUUUGUAAUUCUUCAGCCUCAUUGUACUGCCAAGCUGACAACGCAUUUCUCUGCAGAAAAUGCGACAAAUGGGUUCAUGGUGCCAACUUCCUAGCACAAAGACACCUUAGAUGCUUCCUAUGUUCAACAUGUCGAGGCCUCACCAACCGCUACCUCGCCGGAAGCUCGUCAGAGAUGGUUCUUCCAACCGCCGUGAAAUUGGGAGAGAAUGAUAACAAUAAUCCAUCCACCACCACACAAACUAGAUGUAAUAGAGGAGCUUUAAAGAAGCCAUUCUUGUCUCUUUGA